AUGGCAGCCAGGGGAAUCACGCGCGUGACCCUCUUCAAGGUGCCCAAAGAGGGAGACCAGAAGACGUUUCUGGAUUUCUACGGAAAGAUGAAGUCUAAAGCCCUCAAGGACGGCAAACCGUACAUCCUGUCUGUCGAGGCUGGUCUGCCCUUCGAGGACAAGCGCGCCCAAGGGUACACCGUUUCAGUCAUCACGAAGUUCGCCUCCAAGGCCGACUUUGACUAUUACGACACGGAAUGCGCAGCACACGCCGAGUUGAAGGAGUUCGCGAAAACCGCCCACGAAGGCGUUAUGAUGGUCUUCUUUGAGAACGCACUCGCGUGA